AUGUCCUCGAGUGACCAGUUUCUGGUGGAUGAGCUGCGCAGUCGUCUGAAGAGGCGGCGCGCUGACAUUGUCCGCUAUCUCGAUGGCCUGUUCUACGAAGACUGUCGCCGCAUCAUAGAGUGCGUUUCUGAACUUGACAGCGAUAACUUGUUUCUCAGAAACCCAUCCUCCUUGCCAGACUAUGCGCAGCACGUUACUCGGCCCAUGUACUGGGAGCUCAUUCAACGGAAGCUGCAGCGCUACGAGUACAGGGCCGCGGCGGACUUCAUGGCGGACAUGCGGGCAGUUGUCAACAACUGCUACCUGUACAAUGGUAUUCAGGCGCCGGCAUCGAAACUUGCACGCGCGAUAGAGGUUCUUAUGGAGGAUCGAUUUGUGACGGAGCUGAGGGCCGCGCCGGUUCAGCCGGCAGAAGUGAAGAAGGCCUGCACCGGCAUGUCAUCGGCUGACAGCCGGGAGAUUCUCCGCAUCUACGCCCUUUACGAGGGGCUCGAGGUGGGCUCCAUGACGGGAAACGCGAACAUCCAGCUCCGAACUGCCAAAGGCGCCACGCUGCGACGCAUGCUCGAGUACGCCCGUAGCAGCGCCGAGCACCGUGAGAAAAAAGCCAAGCUUCGGCGAGCCGCAAAGGUGUCGCGUGUGUCUGAUCGCCGCAGGCAGGCGAUGGUCGGAGCACACGCGGCGGCGAUGCAGCAGGACGCAGACGUGCAGUUCCACCACGACACUGAGCCUAGGCUUGAGCAGGUUCCUCAGAAUGCGCAAGCAGCCAUAUCGAUGAUGGAGGAGGUGAGUCCCAUCCGCAUCGAAGAGGAGGGAGAGUGGUCCGACGACGGUGAUUUCGAGGAAUCGUAG